AUGGCGGAUCAAGAGUUAAUGCGGAGCCAGUUCUGUUCAAGAACAAGAGGAGACAACAUGUCGCAAGUGAAGAUUAAAAUUCGGGCCUACGAAGCAGCUCUAGUUGACCAAGCAGCCCGAAAAAUCACCACCGUUGCCGAACAAGAAAACGCCAAAGUGUCAGGCCCAGUGCCGAUGCCAACUCGGAAAGAAAUUUUUACCGUUAUCCGCCCGACUCACAUCUACAAGAAAUCGCGCGAACAGUUUGAAAUUCGCACUCACAAACGUUUAAUCGUUUUAAGUAGCGUUAGCGAAAAACUGCUCACUACGCUGAAACGGCUAGAGAUUCCCUCCGGCGUUGAGAUCCAAGUCGAUCUUAAGUAA